AUGUUGGCGCCAAGCACUGUGAAGACGCCGGUGAGGGCCCAGGUUGAUCUGAUAGCCUGGGACCCGGAAUCCCCAGCCCAUACGCAGAGGAUGGUUCAGCAUCGAAUUGCAUGCGGGUGGAAACAGGACUAUAUCGAAGGGUGGCGGGGUUUGCAGAGAGAGGGGAAGAUGGGCCUUCAGUGGGUUGUUCUAUCAGAGGAAGACCCAGAAAAGGAGGCAAAGCUCGCCCAGCACCUACUAAAGUACCCCGGAGACGCCACACCCAUUCUUGACACCGCCACCUCUCUGGCUGGUAAGCCACGGUUACCCUCUUCACGGUCAUUCGUCCCCGUGGGCCAUAUCUCUCUCGACUCAGCGAGCCCCAAUCCUGGCCAAGCAGAUGCCUCGCAAGGACUCUACUGCAUCACUACUCUCUACAUCUCCCGCGCUAUCCACGGCGGUGGGCUUGGCCGGGCUGCCCUGGACGCUAUCGAGAGCCAAGCCAUCAACGAGCCGUUGUGUGCGAAGAUAUUGUCUCUUGAUACUCUAGCAAAUAGUAGCUGGAAUAGAACAGAUAUAUGGGAAGAGAUGGGUCAGAAGAAGCCCGAGAUAUCAGCUGAGGAUUGGUAUGAGAGAUGUGGAUAUAAGGCCUGGAGAUACAGCGAAGGCCAUAUCCAGCACCGGACCGACAAUGGUAGAGUUUGGCCUCUAGAUGGCGUCUUUAUGAAGAAAACGGUAGCAUGA